GGCCACUAGUCUGUUUCUCAACCGGUCACCGCGCGCACGAACUGACCGGUGGAUUCCUGCCCGGGCCCCUCUAUGUUCGCUAUGAUGGGGACGAUCUCUACCCUGUUCUCUCCCCUCUUCUUGAUUCAACAAACCUGUAAUUUCUCAGAAACUCAAAUAUUUGCCCUGCGAUCCUUUUUAAUAAUCCGCUGAGGUUGUCUCCUUUCGGCAAAUCCAUGUUAAGUGGCUAGUCAUGGAUGAGUUAGUGAUGGUGAAGGAAGAGGCAGAGGUAACCGAUGAUCCGCCGCAGCCGAUAAUAGGCCUGAAUGAUCUGGGUCCUCCACCGUUCUUGAUGAAGAUUUUUGAGAUGGUGGAGGAUCCGGAGACUGAUACCGUGGUUUCAUGGAGCUCUGCUAAGAAUAGUUUUAUCGUUUGGGAUUCCUUUAAGUUUUCAACCACUCUUCUUCCUAAAUACUUUAAGCACAGCAACUUCUCCAGCUUCAACCGCCAACUCAACACAUAUGGCUUCAGAAAAGUAGAUCCAGAUCGAUGGGAAUUCGCAAACGAGAAAUUCCUGUGCGGCCACAGGCAUCUUUUAAAGGAAAUCAAGCGGCGUCGACAAGUUGGCCAGACAUCACAGCUGCAGAAUCCAUCACAGCAGCAGAGUGAAGGAGCUGGCCGAAGACCAGCUUGCGUUGAACUAGGACAGUUUGGGUACGACUUUGAGGUCGAUAGACUGAGAAGAGACCGUGGGACUCUUCUUGCAGAGAUCGCAAAGCUCAGACAACAACACCAGAACUCCCAGGCUCAGCUACUUGCCAUGGAGGAACGCAUUGAAGGCACUGAACGUAAGCAGAGGAAUACGAUGGCUUUCAUGGCGAGAGCUCUUAACAAUCCUAUUUUUAUUCAGCAGCUCAUUGUCAGAAGCCAAGGGAAGAAUAAGCGUUCGGAGGCUUUGCAGACCGUGGAAGAACUGGAAAUGGCUUCGGAGAUAGAGUCUAUCCUUGGUGCUGAGAGGAGUACGGAGGCUGUGUUCGGGCCUUAUGGAGAGGAGAUCGGUGAGAUGAGCAAUGUGAUGUGGGAGCUGAUGAACGCAGGAAUGGUGGCCAGUGGUUUGGAGAGUGAUGUGAAGGCGGAGAGCUUUGGUGAAGGAUCGAUGGCGCCUUGGUUGGUGUGAAUGCCAUUGCCACUGUGGUGGAAGCAGAGUGAGGUGGCGGAGUUAGCUCUUUGUGAUUGUGUAUGGGAGAAAUCAUGUUGGAAUUGUGUAUGGUUAGGUUGAAAAUUUUGUCAAGGAACUUUUUUUUUUCUUGGCGCUUUUUGUUUUAAAUCAUGAUUUUAGGAGUGCUAUUAUGGAAAUUGCAAUUUUGUGUA